GAUGCAGUGUACAGCUGAUGUAGAAACAAAAGGCGGCAAGGAUUCUUGCCGGUGCUGUUGAGUGUUCUGUUGUUUCUUUUCAGGUCCCGCACUUCUACAUACCGAAUGUGACACUGGCAGCAUUUGUAGAUUAGAAUCAAUAGUUCCGGCCUGGCACAGUACCUUGACCAGUGCAGUUCGCCCAGGAUCCUCGCCUUCUCGCACCUUUGUGGAUAUCGUUGUAGAGAGUUUUGAAACAGUUUUGUGCGUUUGAAAGAUGGCUGUGGACAUCAGAGGACAGAUGUUUGAUGUUGGGCCCAACUACACAGGGCUGGAGUACAUUGGAGAGGGCGCCUAUGGCAUGGUCUGCUCUGCCACCAACCAGAAGACUGCCGAGCGCGUGGCAAUCAAGAAGAUUAGUCCCUUUGAGCAUCAGACGUACUGCCAAAGGACGCUGAGAGAGAUCAAGAUCCUAAAUAGAUUUUCGCAUGAGAAUAUCAUCAACAUCCAAGAUCUUCUGCGGACAAAGGAGAUGGCAGAUAUGAAGGACAUCUACAUUGUCCAGACCCUAAUGGAAACUGACAUGUACAAACUACUGCGGUCGCAAACGCUGUCCAACGACCACAUCUGUUAUUUCCUCUAUCAGAUUCUGCGUGGUCUCAAGUACAUCCAUUCGGCUAAUGUGCUGCAUCGUGACUUGAAGCCAAGCAACUUGCUGAUCAACACCAACUGUGACCUGAAGAUCUGUGACUUUGGUCUGGCUCGUAUCGCUGACCCUGCACAUGAUCACCGUGGCUUUCUGACGGAGUAUGUUGCUACUCGUUGGUAUCGUGCACCUGAGAUCAUGCUGAAUUCACGCGGUUAUUCAAAGUCAAUUGAUGUAUGGUCAGUUGGAUGUAUCCUGGCCGAGAUGAUCUCGAACCGCCCAAUUUUCCCAGGAAAGCACUAUCUGGAUCAGAUUAAUCACAUCUUGGGCGUCCUCGGAUCGCCAAGUCAGGAUGACCUGGACUCCAUCCUGAAUGAGAAAGCAAGGAAUUAUAUCCAGUCACUGCCACAGAAGGCACCGGUACCUUUCAAAUCUCUUUAUCCGAAGGGCAAUGAACAGGCACUCGAUGUUCUGGAGAAGCUGCUCGCAUUCAAUCCGGCAAACCGUGUGACAGUAGAGCAGGUUCUGGAACAUCCCUACUUGGAACAGUACUAUGACCCAAGUGAUGAGCCUGUUGCUCCGUCACCAUUCACCUUUGAAAUGGAACUGGAUGAUCUUCCCCGAGAGCGGCUACGAGAACUCAUUUUUGAAGAGACGCUCCCAUAUUGCAACGCUAGCAAGUGAUCGGCGGCAUCUACUCUUUGAUAGCCCUGACUUGUGUCCACACAACCGUGAUCAGCUACCAACUUUAGCAGUAAUGGGAGCGCUUGCGCCGCUACAGAACCAGGAUUGACGUCGCGAGAUUGUUCUUGUCAUCUGGCGAUGUGGUUCUGUCCUCGCGAUUCUCAUGUCCGUCGUACUGCCUGCGGCCAGCUCUCCUUGGGAACUCAAACCUCCAUGCUCGCCCGCGCGUAGAGAGUCUUCGACCAGUGGUGUCAUUCCUGAAUCGCUACAACCCUUUUUGCGACUAUCAACUCGUUUCCCAGCUUGAUCUAAUAGUGCCACUACUCCUAUGCUGAUGAGUUAUAUUGUUUGUUUGUUUUAAAUUCGUAGUCCUAUCUACUUUAAACCGGCGCCAUUUUCUUCAUGUGUGCUGUAUUUCCCCAGCUACUAGUUGUUCAUACUUGAGAUUCGUUAACGUCCCAAGCUUUCUUUGCGCCGAUCAUGAUGUCCUCCACCCGUGGGAUAUCUCAAAACUUCUUCCAAGCCCGGCUGCUUUCUUUCCUGUUGCGAGCCUUCCGCUCGCCAAUGCUCUACUGCUUUGUAAAAAUAAUAUCUCUUUCGUUCUCAUUUUGUUUUUCCUGUCUCAGCCAUAGAUGUGCUUCCAGUCUUGUAGGUGUCUGUCUAUGUAUCAUAGUUUCUGCCCAUAUAUUUAGCUUCAAUUAAAUUAUUCGGCUCAUGGGCCAUUGUUGCAUGAUGUGUGGUCAUGAUUCACAUAUUUUAUUCUUCCAAAAUGCCUGCAGCGA